CAGCCCAAACCGAUUCAUAUCCGGACCCCGGAAGGAAGGAGAAAGGAGUCUCGCGAGGACACAGAGAUCAGCGGAAACUUUGAAACGAUAGGAAAAUCGCAAAGAAGUAGAGAGGAGAAAAUUUGAUCGAAAGACGGAGAGUAAAGUUCGAACUUCCGGGAUCCACGAAGAAUCGCGUUCCGUUCGUCCAGAAAUUCAAGUAAUCAGUUGCGGCGAGCUGUUUACAAAGGACCCAGAUAAAAGAGAGUGUGUGUGGUAAUGUGUAAGUGAAAGAAAAAACAAAGUUUCGCCGGAAAAGAAUUGAAAGGAAGAAAAUCGAGGAGAGGGAGCCAGAUAUGACAAACAGCAUGAAGCAGACUGUUAUUAAAAACCCAACAUGGUGGAAGAGGAGAUCGACGCUCGAACGCGGGCUAACUGUGAUAGCAGUUUGCGGGGUGCUUUUAUGUAUCGCCUUGGCUGUUGCACUUGGCGUUGUUGCAGCAAACACAGCAUCCUGCAACGUAUCAUCUAAUAACGCGGACGCCCUGAAAGGAUAUCAGAGUACAAAAGGUCCUCAGGUAGUGGAGAGACCAACCUGCGACGCAGACAUAUGCUUCACACCUGAAUGCAUCCACACAGCCGCCAGAUUGUUGAAGAACAUGGAUCACGAGGUGGAGCCGUGCGACGAUUUUUACGAUUUCGCUUGCGGAGGUUUCCUCAAGUCCACCAGCAUCCCGGACGACAAGACCAGCGUGAACACGUUCACCGAUAUCAGCGACGAGCUGCAGAACCAGCUUAGAACGAGUAUCGAGGAGAAGAGCACGCCUGACGAGCCAAAACCGUUCAGGCUCGCGAAGAAUUUGUUCAAGGCUUGCAUGAAUAAGACGAUCAUCGAGCAGCAAGGUUUGGACCCACUGUUAAAUAUUCUGCAAAAGCUCGGCGGAUGGCCGGUGCUUAAAGGUGACGAUUGGAAUGAAAAUUCGUUCAACUGGAAGGAAUCGGUGUACAAAUUCCGCAGGAUGGGCUACUCGGUCGAUUACUUCAUCGAUUUCAGCGUCGGCGUCGAUCUGAGGAACAGCACGAAACGUAUAAUCGACUUGGACCAGGCUUCCCUUGGACUGUCACGCGAAUACCUGUCGAAGGGCUUCGACGACAAAAUCGUUCAAGCUUAUUACAGCUACAUGGUUGACAUCGCGGUAAUCCUCGGAGCUAACAAAACCGAUGCAAAAUCAGAAUUAAGGGAGUCCUUAGACUUCGAGAUGAAACUUGCAAAUAUUUCUUUGCCGAACGAAAAACGCCGCAACGCCACGCUUCUCUACAACCCCAUGACGGUACGAGAAUUGUCCAAGACUUACCCAAGCGUUCCGUGGAAGGAAUACUUCAACACCCUUCUAGAACCCAACGUUCAAGUUGACGAAGAGGAAGUGGUGAUCGUGAGCGUUCCAAGUUACAUCGCAAACUUAGAGAAGUUGUUGGCCACAAUUCCGAAGAGGGUGCAGGCGAACUACGUGAUGUGGAGAGCAGCUGCCUCCUCAGUCAGCUAUCUUACGGACGAGAUUCGAAAGAGACAGCUGCAGUAUUCCACAGCGCUGAGCGGGAAAACUGAGAGAGAGCCUAGGUGGAAGGAGUGCGUUGACACAGUUUCCGGUAGCUUGGCAACAAGUGUCGGUGCGAUGUACGUAAGGAAAUACUUCAAAGAAGACGCGAAGAAGAACGCCGUGGAAAUGGUGGCUGAUAUUAGGGAAGAAUUCACAAAAAUACUCCGAAAGAUCGAUUGGAUGGACGAAGAGACGAGAAAGAGCGCCCUGAAGAAAGCAGCCAGCAUGUCUAGCCAUAUUGCCUAUCCGGACGAAUUACUGGACGAUAAAAAGCUCGAGGAAUUCUACGACAAACUGGAACUAACCACUGAUAAUUAUCUCGAAGAUAUUCUGAAUCUGACUUUAUUCGGGGUAGAGUAUUCGUUCAGCAAACUAAGGAAACCUGUAAACAAGAGCGACUGGGUAACUCACGGAAGACCGGCCAUUGUUAACGCCUUUUAUUCGUCCAUCGAAAACAGUAUUCAAUUCCCUGCUGGUAUUUUACAAGGCGCUUUCUUCAGCAACGACCGACCGAGAUACAUGAAUUACGGCGCCAUUGGUUUCGUCAUUGGCCACGAAAUAACACACGGCUUUGACGAUCAGGGCAGACAAUUCGAUAAAGAUGGUAACCUUGUUGAUUGGUGGGCGCGGCAAACAGAGGAGAAAUAUCUGGAGAGAGCUGAAUGUAUUAUACAUCAAUACGGCAACUUUACCGUGGAGGAUGUUGGUUUGAAUUUAAACGGUAUCAAUACUCAAGGCGAGAACAUCGCCGACAACGGUGGAAUAAAAGAGGCCUAUUUGGCGUACAAAGAAUGGGUGAAGCGACAUCACGAGGAACAAAAAUUACCAGGAUUGCCGUACUCCCCCGAACAAUUGUUCUGGAUUAGCGCCGCGAACACCUGGUGCAGUAAAUAUCGACCGGAAGCGAUGAAGCUCCGUAUCACAACUGGAUUCCAUAGCCCUGGUAAAUUCCGCGUUUUGGGACCUCUUUCGAACAUGGAAGAGUUCUCGAAGGAUUUCAAUUGUCCUCUUGGCUCAAAUAUGAAUCCCCAGAAGAAAUGCUCCGUUUGGUAAAAAUCGAACGACGCGAUGGAAGAACACAAAAAAAUUGCGAAAGUUGUG